AUGGCUGAACACUUCAAACAAAUCAUUAGAUGUCCUGUCUGUCUAAAAGAUCUUGAAGAACCCAUGCAGUCGAAAUGCGGAUAUGUCUGCUGCCUCCAAUGCCUCAAUGCACUGCAGAAGGAGCCCGAUGGGGAAAGUUUACUGUGCAGCUCUUUCUGCUCUGUGGUCUCUCAGAAGAAUGACAUCAAGCCCAAGUACAAGCUGAGGGCGCUGGUUUCCAUUAUCAAGGAACUAGAGCCCAAGCUGAAAUCUAUUCUAACAACGAACCCAAAGAUAAGGAAGUUUCAAGUGGAUAUGACCUUGGAUGUGGACACAGCCAACAACUAUCUCAUCAUUUCUGAAGACCUGAGGAGCUUCCGAAGUGGGAAUUUCAGCCAGAAUAAGAAGGAGCAAGCUGAGAGGUUCGACACUGCACUGUGCGUCCUGGGCGCCCCUCGCUUUACUUCCGGCCGCCAUUACUGGGAGGUGGACGUGGGCACCAGCAAAGUAUGGAAUGUGGGCAUUUGUAAGGAAUCUGUGAACCGACAGGGGGAGAUUGUGCUUUCUUCAGAACACGGCUUCUUGACUGUGGGUUGCGGAAAAGGAAAGGUCUUUGCCACCAGCAGUGUGCCGACUCCUCUCUGGGUGAGUCCCCAGUUGCACAGAGUGGGGAUUUUCCUGGAUGUAGGUAUGAGGUCCAUUUCCUUUUACAAUGUUGGUGAUGGGUGCCAUAUCUACACAUACAACAAAAUUUCUGUUAGCGAGCCAUGGCGUCCAUUUUUUGCUCAUAAACGUGGAACUCAAGAGGAUCAGACCUUCCUGAAUAUCUGUUCUGUGAUCAAUCCAGCCAGUGCCAGUGCCCCAAUUUAUUCUGGGGAAAGUAAAUAA